CUUCUUUACUUCAACGACAAACACGACCGCCACCAUGCCUAAGGAAGUGAAGCAGCGCUCUGGCCUCGCCCUUGGCCUCAAUGCCGGCCACAAGGUCACCCCGAGGCAACCGGCUCCCAAGAUCUCGCGGAGGAAAGGUUUCUUGUCAAAGCGCACGGCGUUCGUGAGGGAGAUCACUCGCGAGGUUGCUGGACUUGCACCAUACGAAAAGCGUGUCAUUGAAUUGCUUCGAAACUCCAAGGAUAAGCGUGCCCGUCGUCUUGCAAAGAAGCGACUCGGUACCUUCGGUCGUGCGAAGAGGAAGGUUGACGAGAUGACCAAGAUCAUUGCUGAGUCAAGGCGAGCCGGUCACUAAAUCAACCACAACAACCGGGCGCUGGGGGUCGUUUUCCUCUUCUCUCUCUGGUCUGGGUGUUUGGUCUCUGUCUACGACGGCAAUUGAUAGAGUAUCACAUUCACAAAAACAAAUGGCAUGUUUCUGAAGUGCAGGCAUGCAAAUGGUUGGGUCUUCUGAGGAUGAGGGAUGGGGGACGGAUACCAUGCACAAUGUCAUUUACGGUCAUGAAAAUGUGAAUGAAGUCGGUUCACGCC